UGAAAGCAGACUGUUGUGUUUUGAUUUUUCACUCUGUUUUAAAUCACAUUUUGGUACUGAAAUAUAUCGUGGAAAUCCGUGUAUUAUUGCCAUGGAAGUUUGAAAAUGCCAGACACUUGUGCAGUACCUGAAUGUAAGAGUAACUAUAAAUCACAGACAGAAUCAGUGUCGGUUUUCAGAAUUCCAAAGGAGGAGUCAAUAAAAGGAGUGUGGUUGAAAAAUAUUCCCAGGAAGAACUGGAAACCAGGAGACAGGACGGCCAUUUGUGAAGAGCAUUCUGAACCCCAUCUAAUUUCAAGGGAGAAAAAGUAUGAAGAUGCUGCAGGGAUUGAAGAAACUUUUCAUAGAACAAGACCUGUGCUGGUUUCUGGAGCAGUUCCAACUUUAUUUCCCAAUCUUCAUUCAUAUCUAAGUAAACGAACACCUUCUCUACGUACUGAUCCUAAUGUUCGAAGGGAACAAUAUUUCAAGCAGCAGGAGGAGGAAGUUCAACAGUGGAUAUGCAGUGAUAUUGUGAAAGAUUUUGACACUCUUGUAAAAUUUCACAAUCAGAAUGUUAAUUCUGAUAAGUGGAAGUGGGAUUCAUGUACUGAUAAACUAAUUUUCUAUCAAACUGAUUUUCAUGAUGUGCCAAUUGAAGUGGUGUGUGUGAAAGUGUUCUCUGACAUAAGUGUCGAAAUAUACAAAAACAACUCAUAUUUACAUCAUGAAGAUUCGAAGUGGAUUUUGACUGAGGGUGAGCAUAUAACUAGGUAGUCUCAAUUAGAUAAUAUCUUUAGUAGAUUCGAAUCUGAGAG